AAAAAAACAAACAAACAAAAACAAAAAUCAUGUCUUCCCUGUCUUUAUCCAUCAUUCCCUUAUUGUUCUUGUUCAUGUUCUUCUCCGAUCUUCCCAUCACUCAAUCUUCCAACAACAAAUCCUCCCUCACCUACAAAACUUGCAAAACCAGCUCUGACCAAAACCCCAACAUCUCCCUCAACUUCUGCCUAACGUCUCUCGGGCACGGCGCCACCAGUCUCCGCCGCCUCGGCCUCCUCUCCAUCCGCUUGAUUCGACGCAACGUGAGCACCACACGCCACCUUAUCAAGAAGUUACGAAAAAACAAACGGCUAGACGACCCGUUGAUUAAAUUGUGUUUGACUGAUUGUUUGGAGCUUUAUUCUGAUGCGACCCUAAUGGUGAAACAAGCGCGUAAGGAUUACAAGGCCGAACGAUACUUUGAGGCAAACUUGAUGAUCACCUCGGUUAUGAAUGGAUGUUCAACUUGUGAAGAUGGAUUCAAGAAGAAAAUGGUAAUUUCACCGUUGACUAACAUGAAUCAUAAUGUCUUUGAACUGUCCGCUAUUGCACUAUCCAUCAUUAAUAUGCUUGCUUGAGUCUACAACGUCGUAUCAUUUUAGAAUAUGGUAUCGUCAAAUUUGAGUC